AUGCUCCACAACUUCUCCGCUUUCCACCCAGACACCUUUUACCUUGUAGGCAUUCCAGGCCUGGAGAACGCCCAUGGAUGGAUUUCCAUACCUUUUUGUUGUGUUUACUUGGUGGCUUUGCUGGGGAACACCACAAUUCUAUGGGUAAUCUGGACAGACCGAACUCUGAGAGAUCCUAUGUUCUACUUUCUGGCGGUCUUGUCAGCCAUAGAUGUAGCGCUCUCCACGUCCUCAGUACCUCGGAUGUUAGGUAUUUUCUGGUUUGAUGCACAUGAGAUCGGGUUUGGAAACUGUGUAGCUCAGAUGUUUCUGAUACACACCUUUACAGGAAUGGAGUCUGCGGUCUUGCUGGCCAUGGCGUUUGACCGCUAUGCUGCCAUUUGUGAGCCUCUCCGCUACACAGCAAUUCUCACAGCCAGGGCGCUGGUAGGCAUUGGAGUGGGGGUUGUCAUGCGCCCAGUCCUGCUCAUGCUGCCCAUCCUGUACCUAACCCACCGUCUUCCCUUCUGUGAGGCCCGGGUUAUCACCCACUCCUACUGUGAACACAUGGGCAUUGCCAAGUUAGCUUGUGCCAGCAUUCGCCUCAAUGGCAUUUACGGGCUUUUUGUGGCUUCUUUUCUUAUUUUUGAUGUGGCGCUGGUUGGAAUCUCGUAUGCUUACAUUCUCCGUGCCGUUUUCCGCCUCUCUUCUAAAGACGCGCGACGCAAGGCACUGAGCACAUGUAGCUCACACGUUGGCGUCAUGCUUGUCUUCUACACACCCUCCCUCUUCUCCUUCCUCACUCACCGAUUUGGCCAAAAAAUCCCUCGUUACGCCCACAUUCUUGUUGCCAGCCUCUACGUGGUCAUACCACCAGCGCUCAACCCUAUGAUUUAUGGUGUGCGAACCAAGCAGAUACGUGAGCGAGUUGUUCACACUUUCACUUGCAAGUAG